AUGCUACCAAUGAAACCCACCUGCUGGGGUAAGCUGAUAGCCCUCAGGAGGUUGAGCUGGAGUCCCGCCUGCUCCUCGGGCAUCUUCACUCUCCCCCGCGAGCAAGAGCCCACAUCAUCCUUCUUGCGUCCCGGAAACUGCGGAAACGUCUUCUCCAAUGUCAGUCAAGGGAGGAAACGGUUCAGCUUGUCUGCGGCAGCCAUCGUUGAUGCAGCCCCAGCACCUGUACGACCGUAUUUACGCUUAAUAAGGCUGGACAAACCAAUAGGUACAUGGCUGCUGUACCUCCCGUGCACGUGGAGCAUUGCACUGGCCGCUGAGCCGGGCUCCCUUCCAGACUUGGGUAUGCUAACCCUCUUUGCUACGGGCGCCGUGCUGAUGCGAGGCGCCGGCUGCACCAUCAACGACAUGUGGGACAAAAACUUCGACCGGAAGGUGAGUCGGACGGCCACGCGGCCCAUAGCUUGUGGGGAUGUUUCCCGUGCGCAGGCCUUGGUCUUUCUGGGAGGGCAGCUUUCGCUCGCUCUCGGGGUGCUCCUCUGUCUCAACUACUACAGCAUCGCUUUGGGUGCUGCGUCCUUGUCUCUUGUGUUCACAUACCCGCUGAUGAAGAGGUUUACUUACUGGCCACAGCUGGUGCUCGGUCUGGCCUUCAACUGGGGGGCGCUGCUGGGCUGGGCCGCUGUCAGGGGUGCCUGCGAUUGGUCUGUGUGUCUCCCCCUCUACUUCUCCGGGGUCAUGUGGACGCUCAUCUACGACACCAUUUAUGCGCAUCAGGACAAGGAGGACGACAUUAAGGUAGGCGUUAAGUCGACGGCGCUGAGGUUCGGCGAGCAGACCAAACCUUGGCUGACUGGCUUCGCGGCAGCCGCAAUGGCUGGCCUGGUGGUGGUCGGGCUCUCCACUGAUCAGACCCUCCCGUACUACGGCGCCCUCACCGCUGUCACCCUUCACCUAGCGCGGCAGAUUUACACUCUGGACAUGGACAAGCCUGAGGACUGCUGGAAGAAGUUUGUAUCAAACAGAAACCUUGGACUUAUACUACUUUUAGGAAUCGUUGCUGGAAAUCUGUGGAAACAAAGACCAGAGACAUUAGCAUUAUAA